AAAAGAAUAACCGUCUUUUUUUUUUUAUAUAUAAGAUUGCAAAAGCCAAAAGGUAUAAUAAACUGCGAAGCGAUCUAAUCCGAAUACACUGAAUCUGUUUCAUUCAUUCAUUCUUCUUUCUUAAAAUUCAUAGUUAUCGUUCGUUGUUCUGCGUUUUCUCCAAAACAUGGCCACGGCUUCAGUUGCAUUCAAAUCCAGGGAAGAUCAUAGGAAACAGAUCGAACUCGAGGAAGCCCGUAAGGCCGGGCUUGCACCUGCUGAGCUUGAUGAAGAUGGCAAGGAAAUCAAUCCCCAUAUUCCUCAGUAUAUGUCCUCCGCACCUUGGUAUCUUAACGCUGAGAGACCCAGUUUGAAACAUCAAAGGAAAUGGAAGUCUGAUCCCAAUUACACAAAAUCAUGGUACGAUAGAGGUGCCAAAAUAUUUCAGGCCAACAAGUACAGGAAAGGUGCCUGUGAGAAUUGCGGAGCUAUGACACAUGUUUCCAAGGCAUGCAUGGAAAGACCACGGAAAGUAGGAGCAAAACAUACAAACAAGCACAUUGCUGCUGAUGAAAAGGUAGAAACUUUUGAGCUUGACUAUGAUGGCAAACGGGACAGAUGGAAUGGGUAUGAUUCGUCAACGUACGCUCGAGUUAUUGAGAGGUACGAAGCCAGAGAUGACGCUCGUAAGAAGUUCUUGAAGGAAAAACAGCUGGAGAAAUUGGAGAAGGGCGACCAAAAUGAUGAGGGUGCUGCAAUUGAUGAGGCUGAAGAUGAUGAUGAAGAUGAUUUAAGGGUAGAUGAGGCAAAGGUUGAUGAAAGCAAACAAAUGGACUUUGCAAAGGUUGAGAAGCGUGUGCGAACAACAGGUGGUGGGAGUACAGGAACUGUGAGGAACCUACGUAUUCGAGAGGAUACUGCAAAAUAUCUUCUCAAUCUUGAAGUCAAUUCUUCACAUUAUGAUCCCAAGACCAGGUCCAUGCGUGAAGAUCCUCUCCCAGAGGCAGAUCCAAAUGAAAAGUUUUACUUGGGUGAUAACCAAUAUAGAAAUAGUGGUCAAGCUUUGGAAUUCAAGGAGUUAAACAUCCAUGCUUGGGAAGCAUUUGACAAGGGACAAGAUGUUCAUAUGCAAGCAGCUCCUUCCCAAGCUGAAUUGCUCUAUAAGAAUUUCAAGGUCAUGAAGGAGAAAUUGAAGUCUCAGACGAAGGAAACUAUUAUUGAGAAGUAUGGCAAUGCAGCUGACGAGGACAAGCUUCCAAGAGAACUUCUGCUGGGUCAGAGUGAGAGGCAAGUUGAGUAUGAUCGUGCUGGUAGAAUUAUUAAGGGACAGGAAGCUGCAAUCCCCAGAAGCAAGUAUGACGAAGAUGUUUACAUUAACAACCACACAACUGUUUGGGGCUCAUGGUGGAAGGAUCACCAAUGGGGUUUUAAGUGCUGCAAACAGACAAUACGUAAUAGCUAUUGCACUGGUGCUGCUGGUAUUGAGGCUGCUGAGGCUGCAAGUGAUCUCAUGAGAGCUAAUAUUGCACGCAAGGAGGCUGCUGCAGAGGAUCCGACACCAGCAGAAGACAAAAGGCCUGCUACAUGGGGAACUGAUGUACCAGACGACCUAGUUCUGGAUGAUAAAUUGCUUGCUGACGCACUCAAAAAGGAGGAUCAAAGAAAGAGAGAAGAGAAAGAUGAGAGGAAGCGGAAAUAUAAUGUUAGAUGGAAUGAUGAGGUUACUCAAGAAGACAUGGAGGCAUACAGGAUGAAGAAAGUUCAUCAUGAUGACCCGAUGAGUAAAUUCAUGAACUAAGCUUUGGAUGGAAAAAAUGCCUUCAUUCAUUCCAUUACAAAGCCACAAAUCUUGUUUUUUUUACUGCCAGAAGGAUUGGGCAAAAUGGAUGAUAUUGAGAAAGGGGAGCAGGUUGGAAUUCUUGAUAUUUUGAACCGCUGCUUUGUGGCUAGUUAGUUAUUUUAGCAUUUGGAACACUAGGCCAUUUAAUGGUUCAAUAGCCUCUAUUGAAUAGAGUCUAUUCUUGUUUUUUCUUCCUUGUGUAUCAACUUCCGGUAUCACGUCAUGUAUGUAUAAAUUUAUCAUUCCGGAGUUA